AUGUCGAAGCCUGUGAUGCUAGGAUUUGGCUGUAAACAGGAGGCCAUGACAGUGAGGCAGGCUGGCACAAGCAACCUGCACUGUGGAGCCCGUGCCUUAAAGCCAAUCCUUUUCCCAAAGUUACGGAUCUAUUUGGCUGUCGUGGAAGACGACGGCCCAACGGUCGACGUAUUCACCGUUUCCUGCGGCGAGCCGCGUGACAUUGUGCUCGGCGCAGUCCGAGUCAUUCUUUCCGAUGGCGGGAAGGAUGAAAAGCUCGAGAGAGUGUGUGAGGGAAUCCGCAUCAAUUAUCCGGGGCACGCACAAGGCAGACAUACCCGUGGUUACGAAUGGGCAACAGACCCGUCAGAAGAACAGAAGAGACCGCUACAUUCAAAGAUAUCUUUGAUAUGGCCACAUCACAAAUACCUGGCUUUCUUCAUGCUAUUCUUCCUCAGACACCUGGCCUUGCAGAAGGGAUCCUUCCGUCUCUCCCACAGCCGGGAACGACAGCAUCCUGGCCAGAUCCCGCCACCACCAGCUGUUUUCUAUCCUGGCGUACACCCAAGCUACGGCUUACCAACAAGCCAUAAAUUCAUCAGGAUAUGA